AUGGCGGAAUCCGAAGUUCACUCACCACGUCGCUCGUCUUCCCAGGCCUCGAGUGCCUCUAGCCGGAGCCGAAAUGCUAAGACGGUCCGUGCAAAAAUGCAGAAACGCCAUUCAGGCUCCUCGAACACAACCACAGACCUGACUUCAUUCCCGUCACUGUCACCGCCUGAUAAAUCGCCAACCCUUUCCCGCGGCUUAGCGAAUACUAUGUUCUCAGGAGAAGGCGGAGGGGACAUGAAUAGGACUGAGAAUGGCCGUGGAAGAAAGGCAACGAUCGCAAAUUUGACGACGGGGCCCUCGCAUAAGUCCGGUCGUGCCGCUCUCUUCGCCGAUUCGGUCCCCAGAAACGAUAUUCCCGGCGCCCUGCACCUGGCGGACGACGCACAUAUCGAAAGGCUUAUAUCUGGCUCUGGGGCCACAAAACUGGUCAGGCAAUUUGCUCGUGACCUGGCCCAACGAGAUGCUGAAAUAUCGGCUCUGCGGCAACGCGCCGACGCAAGGGAGCGAGAGCUGAAACGAAUGCUGCGGGAGGUUUCGGUCUCCAACCAGGAUAUUGAGCGCCGAUUGUAUCAAUUGGAAAAUCCCCCUGGUGAUCGCGUCUCGGAUGCGGAGAGUACGCACAGCCACAGCAGUGAUCACACGGGCCAGUCCUCGUCUGGACUGAAUGGGCUCAUGUCCCAGGCGAUGGAGGACGAUGUAGGCUCUCGACCUUUCAAAGAAGCUGAGCCUCAGGCGACCAUCCGUCCUCAGAGGUCAAACACCGAUACGAUAGGGAGCGGAAACACGGACAACCGGAAACGCCAGAGCUCGAUUCGAGGUUGGCAGGAGUAUCUUUUCGGCUCCACCAAUACAAGCCGCAAGACUAGUCGUGCCAGUAGUAUCAUGAGCGAUGUUGGGGAAACUGAGGAAGAGGAAGCCGAGCGCCUUCGCCUGCCCGUCAAUCACGCAAUGCGAAGGAAAGCCCUUGAUGAACACCUUUUCCAACCACCUGAUGCUCCGGCACGAAGUGGCCCAGCAAGACGCAUUGCGAGCACGUCUACCAAUGGCGACGAUGCUAGCAUCCAUUCUCGCAAAUCUUCGAAAUCUCUUGGUUCUUGGACCAUCAAGUUGUUCGCCGGUAAUUCCCAGGCUGGAAAAGAUGGGAGUGACUCGGAGUCUAUCAACAACAAACCCCCACCUAAAAAGCCUGAGGGGGAUAAGAGUGCCUCAUCCACACUGUCUGGAAACUCCAAGGGUGGUUUGUCGGCCGUGGCUGCAUUGAAGAGAAUCAACAGCAAUGCGAGUCUGCCAAACUCCAUUGGACGCUCUACCAGCGGAUCGAGCGCCCAAGGCAGAAUAGGCCUACCGGGUCCACGACGCACUCCCACCGGCAGCGUGUCACAGGGUGCAGCCUCGGAGGCAACAGAGCAGAGCUCGACAAACCUUGGACCCGUUGAAAUGGACGCCAUUCUUCCCAUGGAGUCAAAGCCUCCGACACUUACCCAUAUCUAUAACAACGCUUAUCCAGGCGAAUUCCUCACCGACCGCUUCGGUUUCAUAUAUGACCAGCGGAGGAAAAAGCGUCAAAGGGAAGCCACCGCCGCCAAGAGCAGUAAUAACCGAUUGAGUAUUACUGAGACUCUUGGUACGCUUCGGACUGAGUCUUCAGAUCUGGAGGAUGAAUUCGAUAUGCCACCACCUUCAGCUGUUCCAAAUCCCUCAAACUCCCCCCCAGGCUCACCAGAUGACCCUGAUGGCGGAGCCGUUGCGAUUCGUCGCUGGCAAGAUUAUUUGAGGAUACCGACCCGUCCGACUGAGCUAUUGUCCCAUACUCCAUCCGCAGGCCCAAUCGUAUCUUUGACCACUGCAUCAGAUACUCGCUCUCAUAGCUCAUCGAUCUCAGUCGACAAGGAUGGUGCACUGGCUGUUGGAUCUAGCGCACAGCCAUCGGCAUCCACCUCUGCAGUCACUGCCAACAGACCUGAAUUUGCCGGUCUAUCAUCGGACCAGCCCAGAGACAUGGCCAACAGGUUCAAUGCUGCGGACAUCGAGCCAGUGAAAUUGCUACUUGAGCAACUGACCGACCUUCACGAUACAUUGCAGCGCGACCGGACCGUGCGAUGGAACGAAUUCCUGCGAAAGGUCCGCGCCGAGCGAAGAAAAGAAGGCGAGGCGGCCGCUGCAAGUUCCGAUCGCUCUGUUCCUGCUUUCGCCACGCCGGAAACCUCACUUGCCGAUGGCGAGAUCGUCGGCAUUGCGGGUCUCGGUAACAAAGGCAAGGUCGGCCGGGCAAAGUGGCGGGAAUUCAGAUAUCUUGUUCUUGGCGGAAUCCCCGUUGCUCUUCGUUCUAAGAUCUGGUCGGAGUGCAGUGGUGCAUCGACGAUGAGGAUUCCUGGAUACUAUGAUGGUCUCGUACAUGGUACUGGUGGCAUUGAUCCGGAUUCUUCUGUUGUGGCACAAAUCGAUAUGGACAUCCGUCGAACUCUCACCGACAAUGUCUUCUUCCGCAAGGGGCCUGGUGUCGACAAAUUGAAGGAGGUCCUCCUUGCGUACUCACGUCGCAAUCCAGAGGUUGGCUACUGCCAAGGCAUGAACUUGAUUGCGGGAUCUUUGCUGCUGACCUUGCCAACUGCCGAGGAUGCGUUCUGGAUUUUGACUUCCAUGAUCGAAAUCAUUUUGCCUGAGCACUAUUACGAUCAUGGCUUGAUGGCCUCUCGUGCCGACCAGGCGGUGCUGCGCCAGUAUGUUGCUGAGCUGCUUCCAAAGCUCUCGGCUCACCUGGAGGAUUUGGGCAUCGAGUUGGAAGCCCUUACCUUCCAAUGGUUCCUCUCUGUCUUUACAGACUGUCUCUCUGCUGAAGCCUUGUAUCGUGUUUGGGAUAUCGUUUUGUGUCUAAAUGUGACAACUGCAGUCAGCGGUCCGUCCAAUGGCCCCGUCACCAAGGAGACAGACAGGGCUGCCAAGAUCAAGGCUUCUGAGGAUAUUGCCUCUGGCAGUGGUGGAGGAAGCACGUUCCUUUUCCAGGUCGCUCUCGCGUUGCUCAAACUCAACGAGCAACAGUUAUUGACGACGUGCUCGACGCCGGCAGCGCUGUACACAUACAUCAACCACCAAAUGACCAAUCAUGCUAUCAGCAUCGAUGGCCUCAUCCAAGCCAGCGAAGCACUGCGCAAUGUUGUUCGUCGCGAAGACGUUGUGGCUCGCCGAGCUGUCGCCCUCCAAGAAAUGCGGGAUUUGAGCAGCGGCGCAAGUAUUUAG